AUGCACCUCCCGCCGCUUUCGCUGCCCCUGCUGCUGCUCCUCGCGGCACUCGCGGCAGCCACCACCACCUUCCGGCCCGACUGGAACCGUCUACAAGGCCUGGCCCGAGCCCGGGUAGAGACCUGUGGGGGAUGACAGCUGAAUCGCCUCAAAGAGGUGAAGGCCUUCGUCACCCAGGACAUCCCACUCUACCACAACCUGGUCAUGAAACAUCUCCCGGGGGCCGACCCAGAGCUCGUGCUACUGGGCCACCGCUUUGAGGAACUGGAGCGAAUCCCACUCAGCGACAUGACCCGCGAAGAGAUCAACGCGCUGGUGCAGGAGCUCGGCUUCUAUCGCAAGGCGGCGCCGGAAGACCCUGUGCCUCCCGAGUACAUGCGGGCACCCGCUAGGCCCGCCGAAGGAGCUCCUGACCGCGCUGACCUGUAGGUCUGGCGGCGCGGCACCCCACCCUGCCUGAGCCUUAGGGACAGAAUGAAGCGCUCAGCGUCCCGGGAGCCCCUCCCUCGCUGAGAGUCGACGACCCGUCCCCGAGCCAGCAGGGAUGGAGUUGGGGGUUCCUCCUAAGCCGUAUUUCUCCCCUCCCCAGCUCCACUAAAUCCCCCUCUGCCUUAA